CUAAAUUUUGAGUAAAAUGUUAACGACGCUGUAUUUUAGCUGUUGUACGAUAUCCAAUUGCAAUUGCUGAAUUCCGUGCACAUUGUGAGCGUCUGGGAAUGAACACUGGUUUGGGAUAUCAAGAGGAAUAUGAGGUACGACAUGGUGACCUUCUGUUUAGAAGCAUUGGAAUAGUGAACUUUAAAUACAGCUUUAAAGUAUAUAAGCGGCAUUAUUUAAUACAGAUAUAACCAAGGUUUAAAAAAUAGUCGCGUCAAAAUCGCAAAGUAUACGGUUUUAAUAUGGCAUGUAUGGAAAGUCCUAAAUCCAGUGGAAUUGAAGUUGCCUUCGAUCAUGCAUUGCCCCACAAACAACUCAGGAAUCGUAAGACAUAUGAAUGCUUUGUCAUACGAAAAAGCUUUAGAUAUGCGCGCACAAAACGGAUGUACUUAUUUAGAUGCUGAUUGUCUAUAUUUCACUUCCUCAUUCUCUCGCAUAGUAACCUUUUUGUCAUUAAUGUUGCGCAGUCGCCUAUUACGUUUGGUGAUGUGAUGGGACCUCUCGCAGGUUAAACAAGCGCGACUAAAAUAUUUAGACUGCUUGGUUCUCUGAUCCUAGCUGUAUAGAUCGGAACAAAGGAACCUUUCAAAUGCGCUAGUGUAUUUGCUUAUAAAAUUAUACUCUUUACUGUUCUGCACAUCUGCUUUUGUCCAGAUUUUGCGUCAAAAUCGCAAAGUAUACGGUUUUAAUAUGGCAUGUAUGGAAAGUCCUAAAUCCAGUGGAAUUGAAGUUGCCUUCGAUCAUGCAUUGCCCCACAAACAACUCAGGAAUCGUAAGACAUAUGAAUGCUUUGUCAUACGAAAAAGCUUUAGAUAUGCGCGCACAAAACGGAUGUACUUAUUUAGAUGCUGAUUGUCUAUAUUUCACUUCCUCAUUCUCUCGCAUAGUAACCUUUUUGUCAUUAAUGUUGCGCAGUCGCUUAUUACGUUUGGUGAUGUGAUGGGACCUCUCGCAGGUUAAACAAGCGCGACUAAAAUAUUUAGACUGCUUGGUUCUCUGAUCCUAGCUGUAUAGAUCGGAACAAAGGAACCUUUCAAAUGCGCUAGUGUAUUUGCUUAUAAAAUUAUACUCUUUACUGUUCUGCACAUCUGCUUUUGUCCAGAGUGUUCGACCAAAGGGCCAAGUAUCAACCGAGAUUGCAAAACGCCAAGAGAACGUGGACAAAAAUCGUUACAAUAACAUUCACGCGUGUAAGUAUAACUACUUUGAAAGUUUGCCAUUGACUUAAGCAUGUUACAGACUACUCACACUUUUUCUAUGACAAUUUUCCGUAAGAUUAGCUAAUUGCUCGGAUGUGUCCAAUUUCGUAGAAUUUGCUGUGAUUUCAGGGAAUUGUACCCUGGUGUAAUGAUGACAGGGAUUCCCGGCUGAACCUGUAACCACAAAUACAAUCUAACUGAAAAGCCUGCAAACGUCUGAUGAAAAGUAAAGUACCACCCGAAAAAGAAAAUGUUGGAUCCUGUGGUUUUCAUGUUGGAAAAGCGGAGUAAAGUUGUACAGCUUUGUUAGCGGCGGGAGCCCGUCGACUAACCUUUAAUCAACUGUUAAACCCGUUAUUUCACUUCACCCGUAUCGCACUGUAACGUACCGGUGAGCAUGCGCAGCUUGAAGAUGGGUUUUGAAAUUUACGUACUUCCGGUUGAUUUGCGAAUCAAAAUAUAAAGUUCGUCGCAGGUCAACUUUAAAGCGUACUACGGAAGUAUUAACCAAUCAACAUUCACUAAAUUUUGAAAUUUAAAAUUUUCUUGAUACGUGUCGUUUGAAGUGGAAAACAUGCUAUGCUAUAUAAGUCAACGAAGCGUACCAGUCUGAGAAUGUAGGGCUUUAGGUCCUCUUAAAAGCCUUAUUUUAUUUUUAUUUUUCUCUUAGACGAUGAUACCCGUGUGGUUCUCUCACAGCUGGAUGGUGAAGAAGGCUCAGACUAUAUUAAUGCAAAUCAUAUCGAUGUACGUAUAUUAUAGGAAUUGUGUAUUCUUUUAACGUUGAAUAAUACCAGCAACAAAAAUUUCUGUAACUUACAACAAAAGCUGAUUUCAAUGCAUGUUAAUUAGAAUUGUUCGCACAUGAAUAGCCAAACAUGAGACAGCAUGCAUUCGUAAAUAUUUCUAGCUGUCUCUAACAACAGUAUCACGACCUACGUCGAAGAUGACGUCGUCGCAAAUUUUAUUUCCGUAGACAGUCGGACUCCUCAUUGAUAGUGGGACGCAUCAUUGACCCGCGCCCUCAAACAAAAUAUUCAGCGGAUACUCUUCUUAUUAGAUGCGCCUUCCCUGUGUGUCUUGCGCACGCAAUUGGUGAUUUCAAAAUCAGUAUUGCUUGGUUGAAAUGUCAAAAUCUGAACAGGACAUGUACACAUUGUGGCUUCACAUCUUUUGUGGUGAAGACAUCUGACAUAUUUUAUUAAGUUAUAUUCGCCAUUCCCACUGCUUUUCUUUGCUUUUGUAACUGUUUUUUGUAACUCUUUUCGGAGCGAUUGCAGAAUACCCGUCCACUUUUUAAGCCAUGCCUUUCAAACAUGGAUACGAUGUAUUAAUACUUCUAUAUUUAUUCUCAAUAGAUUAAUAAUAAUUAGAUUGAUAGAUUAAAAUCCCAUGGUGGUAAAGGUAGCUAAGAGGCAUACAGUGACUUAGCAUUAAUAGCUUAAAUUGUCAUGAUAGUAUUAAAGGUAACUCUAUAUUCUAGUGAAUACGCGGAUACGCAGUCAAAUUUGAGAACGAGCUGGAGGCAUGCAGUUAGAUUAGCAUUAGAUCAAAUUUUCAUGCUACAGGUAGCUCUAUAUUUUAGUGGAUACCCGGAUACGCAGUCAAGUAGUUAUUUUUUAGAUUAAGGCGACAGUUAGCUAGCAUUAAUAGAUUAAAUUAUCAUGCUAUAGAUAAUUUAAAGGGGUGUAAUAUGUAAAUAUGUUCCUCACAACUGGACAUUGGUGUAUUAAUUAGCGUGGCUGGGAGAAAAAGUUUUAUAUUAUAAAGCAUACUAAGCAUAAUAUUAAACAUUAAAAGUCUUGCAUGAUAUUUCCUUUAUACAAUUAUAGUACAAUUUCGUAAUAUUGUCUUAGUAAUUAGUUUGUGUAUAUUAGAACGAUGCAGUAAGAUCUGGUAUAUAUGUAUCCAGUGAAAUAGUGGCCGGGCUACAUGAUAUGAUAUUACUAGUGGAAGGGUGUUCUGCAAUACUUCUAUUUGUGUAAAGUGGACUUGAUGGUCGCUUUGAAACUUCCAGUAUUUCCUUGCAGGCUAGUUAUCUUAUCCUGAUUCUCUUUAAUUGGGAUGAUAUAUAGUUUUAACUCGUAAUAACAGUUCUAGAGUGUUUUCGGAACCAGAAAAACAAGUUUGUAGAUUUACUAUGGCAUCGCGAAGCAAACCGUUCAUCUUUCUACACGUGGUUGAAGAAGAACAACGUGGAGUGAUGGAUAUAUGGUGCACCAGUGGGUUACGAAGGGAUCCAUCGAUAACGCGCGGAGGCCUUGACGCUAGUCAAUGAUACGUCCGACUAUCAAUGAGGAGUCCGACUGUCUACGGAAAAAAUAUUUGCGACGUCGUCCCUCGAUAUGAUUUAGUAGAUCACCCCUAUAUAGGGAAAACACUAGUAAGACCGGAGUUCCAAAACGUUGUGUCGCGAACGUCCAUUUAAAUCGGCCAGGCUUUGCGUUCGUUUACGGCAACGGGAGUGGCGAAGGAAAACAUUUCAGACAAAAACUUAUUUCUUUUAUUUCUUGAUUUAGGGUUUUGAACGCAAGAACCAGUUUAUCGCAGCCCAAGGUAUGUGA